AUGACGAAGAAUAAUCUCGCCUCGCAUCUCAAAUGGCUACUGAACCAAGGCCCCUCUCUAUAUCCGUCGUUGACCACCGAAACACCUCUGAUUGAACGCGACAACCGCGUGUCCCAACAACCUACUCCGCCUUCCGACGAAAGCGACAUACCUGAUGAAGUUUUUGAGGACUGCAACGAUGUGACGGAUGAUAAUAUGACAAGACUCAUGCUUGCGCCGCAGUCGGCGAGCAAACCUCGCAUGCUUAGCCACCCCGACACCAUUCUCGAGAGUACGCCUUCGACAUCGAAAAUGCUCUCAUCGUCGAAAAGCGUGGUUCAAGAAUCUCAUUAUGAACCGGCUUCUUCUUUCAAGACUAUUCAACCCAAAGCGACCCCACUUCGAUCGGACCCCAAGAUCGAGACCUCCCCGUUCGAUGCCAUUGAAUCGAUUGAUCUGACUGGAGACUUUGGUCGCAUGCCUUCUUCAUCAACGGCCGAAUUUGGAGAGCCGCGUCGAUUAUGGACCGAGGAAGCUGCAUCACGCGAAGGACCCCGCGAGAAACGAGGGAAAAAACGGAAGAGUGAUGAGUAUGCAUCCGACCUUCUUUCGUUGUCAAAACAUGCUGUCAAAGUGCGAACACCUUCGAAGGCAAGCAGGCCCUCAACAUCGAGUGGCGGCGAGUUCCUUUCUGCAAAGAGUCAAGCCAAUCGAAAGAGCCCUCCGAAAACAACAAUUGUAACCCAACAAAGCUCGAAGAAACCCUCGACGAGUAGUCGCAAUCGAGUUAUUGCCGACUCUGAUGAAGAAGACGAUCCAUUUGACGUGAGCUGGUUGGUCGAUGACCAGGUUGAAGAUAUGGUCCUAGAUGCUGACCCAGGGCUAUAUCCACCGCUGCCCCAAGUUAGCCCCGACGAGAGUGAAAAGAAGAAAAACACAGGGACCCUGGCUUCUAGAAGCUCACCUUCGAAGGCCGUUGUAGGCAAGACAGCGACUGUUAAGGAGUCUCGGCCUCCGCAGCCAUCCCCGGAACUGAAAGUGCCCAGUUCUCAGCAAAAGGACCCGAAUAUUUUGCAAUUCCUGGCUCUGUCAGCAGAUUCUUUGGGACAUUUAAUCUCGCAGUUGAAGGGCACCCUUCAAAAGAAUGCGGAGGUUGUUUACGAACAAGCGAUGGAAGGCCGACCGGCUCCUGAUCUGAUUGCUGAGAACAAAGACCUGGUUUCCCGAAUCCAGGCCAUUGAGACCUUGCAAACACAUCGAACCACCCACAACAAUUGUGUUUCUCGUAAGGAGACCCUCAAGCGCAGUCUCAUGCAAGCUAUCUCCCAGGGCUUGGACCCAACGACCAUGCCGAACGAACUUGCACGAAGUCGCGCAGUUGAGGCGGAGCUGGAACAACUCGAAUCAAAAAUUCGCGAUCUUUUGCCUCAAGCCAAGGUUUUUGAUUUGGCGUCUGAGUCCAUGCCAGUUUACCCCAGCUCACCGAGGUUUAAGGAAGACCCAAUCGUGGCUCCCCAUGACGAAAAUCAUAUCUCUCGAAACAUGGGCUCUCCGCCUCUGGAAGCGCCAAUGGACUUCGACGAUUUUGAUUGGAAUGCUAGUGAUGAUGAGAUGCUAGAGGUAUCUGGAAGCUUUGAUGAGCCCCCAGCGCCUGCUCACGAACAGCCCAGCAAAAAUCGCAAGGUCUUUGCGGAGACAUCUGGAAACUCUUCUCGCAUGCCUCCGCCAAAGAAGUCACCCGCCCGUAGCAACUUCUGGUCCAACCAUCAAUGGUCUCAGGAAGUGCGAACUGUUCUCAAGGAUCGAUUCCAUCUCCGAGGAUUCAGACCAAAUCAACUUGAAGCCAUUGACGCCACCCUUGGUGGUAAAGAUACCUUCAUCUUGAUGCCUACUGGCGGAGGAAAAUCACUGUGUUACCAGCUGCCUUCCAUUGUGAAUAGCGGCCGUACACGCGGUGUGACCCUUGUCGUAUCUCCUUUACUGAGCUUGAUGCAGGACCAGGUCGAUCACCUGCGAAAACUGAACAUCAAUGCGUUUUUGAUGAACGGUGAAACUGAGAAGACUGAACGCUCAUGGCUCCUCGGCCAACUAUCUAACAAUGGUGGUGAGGGUAUCGAGUUAUUGUACAUCACACCGGAGAUGAUCAAUAAAAAUCAAACUCUGGUUCGAGCUCUCGAAAAGCUUCAUCAUCGAAACAACCUGGCACGGCUGGUUAUUGAUGAAGCGCACUGUGUCAGUCAAUGGGGCCAUGACUUCCGACCAGAUUACAAAGAACUAGGAGAAGUUCGAGCGAAAUUUCCCGGUGUACCGCUCAUGGCUUUGACCGCCACUGCCACAGAAAAUGUGAAAGUGGAUGUCAUGCACAACCUCAAGAUGAGUGGAUGUGAAGUGUUUUUACAGAGCUUCAAUCGCCCCAACUUGACUUACGAAGUGCGACCCAAGGGAAAAAAUGACGAAGUCCUUGCCAGCAUUGCCGAUACGAUUACGAGAUCCUAUAGAAAUCAGUGUGGAAUUGUUUACUGCCUGUCGCGCAAAACAUGUGAGAAGGUUGCUGAGGACCUUCGGAAGAAGUACAAUCUCAAGGCUCAGCAUUACCAUGCGGGCAUGAAGUCAGAUGAAAAAGCCAAGACACAAAAUCUCUGGCAGAUGGGCCGGUGCCAUGUCAUUGUUGCCACCAUCGCGUUUGGAAUGGGAAUUGACAAGCCAGACGUCCGCUUUGUUUUCCACCACAGCAUCCCGAAGAGUCUGGAAGGAUACUACCAGGAAACUGGGCGUGCGGGCCGAGAUGGGAAAAGAUCCGGCUGUUAUCUCUACUACGGAUAUAAGGACACCGCUACUCUCAAGCGCAUGAUUGAUGAGGGCGAGGGCAGCUGGGAACAAAAAGCUAGGCAAAAGCAAAUGCUUCGCAAUGUUGUCCAAUUCUGUGAGAACCGCAGUGACUGCCGACGAGUACAAGUUCUUGCCUACUUCAACGAAUACUUCCGCCGAGAGGACUGCGGCAAUGCUUGUGACAAUUGCAAAUCUGAUCUGGUGUUCGAGGUACAGGACUUUUCUCAUCAUGCAUCGUCAGCCAUCAAGAUUGUGCGGCAUUUCCAGGAUGAUCUCAAAGAGAAAGUCACUGUACUUUACUGUGCUGAUCUCCUGCGCGGGGAUCUGAAAAGAGCUAAAUCACCUUCCCAUAAAAAGAUACCUUGGUAUGGAGAUGGAUCUGAUCUUGAUCGAGGGGAAGCAGAGCGCCUUUUCUACCGGCUGUUAGGAGAAGAUGCGCUAGGAGAAGAUAAUGUCAUCAACGGCAAGGACUUUGCGGUCCAGUACAUCCGGCUUGGUCGUCGUGCGACGGAGUAUGAAACCGGUCAGCGUCAGAUGAAGCUACAAGUCCGCGUGUCUCCGAAAGGCAAGACAAAGGCAACUCGGCCAGCGCAGAAAUCGAGACCCGGUAGUCAAGGCUACCCUCAAUCUACGAUGGUGUCGUCUCCUAUCCAAUCUGCCAACGACCGUCGUCACGCGCGCUCUCAGCAACGAGCCCCUCGUGCCGAUCAUUCCUCGGCUGAUGAAGACAGUGAUGGAUUUGAGCCAAUUCGAGUGGUCGGAAAACAACGACGUGAAAAUGGGCGUGAACUUGGUCCUCCUAUUACCAAUGAUCAAAAAAUGGAUCAGCUCGACCACCUUCACCGUGCUGUUGUGGAGGACUUCGAGGUUACUGCCAAGAGAUACCUCCAAGAUAUUGUUGUUGAAAAAGGACUUCGUUACCAACCAUUCCCGGAUUCCAUUCUUCGCGAAAUGGCCAUUGGGUUCCCCAAAAAUCUUUCGGAGCUUGCUUCCAUUCCGAAUAUCGAUCAAGACAAAGUUCAGCGAUAUGGUCGCCAGAUAUUGAGGCUGGUGGACAAUGCCAAACGACGCUACGCGGAAUUGACGCAAGACGCGCAAGAUGCCGACACCAAUGGAGUUGUGCCGGAUCCGAACCAUCACAAUGUCAUUAAUCUCAGCAGCAGUGACGAGUACAGUGAUGAUGAAGAUCUUUUCGUGGAUCAAGCUUCGAAUUUUGAUUACCCCAUGGAUGACAAUCCUCCCACUCAAGACAUCACCAGCCGCUAUUUCCCUCCCCCACCAUCCCCCGGCUACGACCCUGCCGAUGACAUGGAGUCAGGCGCAGCUGCUUCCAGCUCCAAGGGGCGUUCCAAACGCCCGUACACUAAACGGCCAAGAGCACGCAAGAAUGGCGGUUCUACCGGGGGUACCUGGAAAGCCAAGGGCCCAAGAGCAAAAUCCAAGGCCGGGGAUCGUGCCCUAAGUCGGUCCACUGCGCCGCUGAAGACCGCCAAAGCAAAGACACCCAAGUCUACGAUUGGAAUGAUGCCUAUUUAA